AUGCGCCGCGUCUCCCUCCCGUUGGUUGCGUUCGGCGCUCUUGGUGGAGCCCAGUCGAUCCAGGAGUUCCCACGCAACGGCUCGGGGUUGACAUCCACUCAAGCCAUAUAUCAGGAUGGCACGGUCUACAUCCUGACGGAACCCGUCUCCGCCAAUGGGCUCUGUGAUGACAAAGACUUCGACGCCGAGCCGCCGCUGCCGUUGCCGGCACGCUUCACAGCCCUGGACAAGAUGUGGCAGCCGGCCGUCGACUUCGAUACCGAUAGUUGCUACAAUGUGCCGGCCAUCGGUAUGGACGGCCAUAUCGACCGGGGGCGUUCCAGGCACGAGUCCAAUACCGAAGGCUGCCGUGACGAGUUCGAUCUGGACCACAGCAACGUGUACUCGCGGCAGCGGUGCAACAACGGCUGGUGCGCGUACGUAUAUGACUACUUUUUCGAAAAGGACAUCGGCGACCGCAUCUGCAUUGGCCACCAGUACGACUGGGAGCACAUCAUCGUGUGGACCAAGGAUGGCAAGCCCGUCUUCGGGGCCGCGAGCGCCCACGGUGGCUAUGAUGCACGCCUGUGGGACGACAUUCCCAAACAGGGUACGCACGUCAAGGUUGUGUACAACAAGGACGGACUUAUUGGCACUCACUACUUCCGCUGGAGCAAGGGAAAGACCGACGAGCCACCGGAGAACCACAAAGGUGUGUGGUGGCUUAGCGACCUGCUGUCAUGGAACGGGUUCCCGAACGUCGGGCUGAGGAAUAGCCUGUCGGCGUGGGAUUUUGGUGCCGCGACCAUGGCGAUCCGUGACGAUACCCUGGCUGGCAAUCUCAAAAAAUCCGUCGAUGCCAUCAGACGGAAGCUGCCGAGCUUCAAAUUUGACUUUAACCUCGAUGAUGGGUCGCCCGGAUAUCCCUGA